AUGCUACGAUGUGGCCGGUUCAUUUGGCAGCCUCUUAGGUCUAGCCUUCAGCCGUUUCUACAACGCACUUUACAUACUGAAUCCGGCUUGUCUCCGGUCCUCUUGACCCGGGCACGAUUACUUGCAGCCGAGCAUGCAAAGCUCUCCGACCGAUUGGCGGACUCCUUUGAUGCUCUGGUCGCCAAACGGGCUGGGGAAUUGGCGCCGGUGACGUUCAUAUUGAACGAAUGGGACAAUGCGAAUGAGUCUAUACUGGAACUAAAAUCACUCCUCGAAGACUCCGAAACCGAUGCAGAACUCCGAUCUCUUGCCACAGAAGAUUUAGACUCCAGUCGCGAAGCUCUACCCUCCUUAUCGGACCGGUUGAAAAAGUCCUUGAUCCCCCGACAUCCUUUUGCAGACCUCCCAUGUCUGGUUGAGAUUCGCCCUGGUGCGGGUGGAGAUGAGGCCGGUUUGUUUGCGUAUGAAAUGAUGCGCAUGUAUAUGGCAUUUUGCUCUCGAAGAGGUCUUCGACCUGCGAUUCUCAAACAAGAUGUGGAAGAUGGCCCGUCCGAGGACCGACUGAGCGAGGCAGUGAUUGAGGUGGAAGCAGACGGCGCAUACGAUCUGAUGCGAACUGAAUCAGGAGUUCACCGCGUCCAGAGAGUCCCGGCCACGGAAACAAAGGGCCGCACCCACACGAGUGCCGUGAGCGUGAUGGUCUUACCGAGCUUCCCAGAAAGCGGGAGUGCCAUGGAUCACGCUUUGAACUUUGAAGACCCAACAAGUGACUAUUUUAUUGACCCGCAAGAGGUGCGGGUAGAAAAGAUGAGGGCCGGAGGAGCUGGCGGACAGCAUGUCAACAAGACCGAGUCUGCCAUUCGAUUGACUCAUGUACCGACUAACACAGUGGUUUCCAUGCAAGACGAACGAUCCCAGCAGGCAAAUCGUCGCAAAGCCUGGCAAGUGCUGCGGGCAAAAAUUGCGGAAGCCCGCCAGGAAGCCCGCGAACAGGAACUUGUUCAACUACGGCGCGGAGCCAUGGGUGGUGUUGCUAGAAUGGGACGAGGGGACAAGAUCCGAACAUAUAAUUUUGGCCAGAGCCGCUGCACAGACCAUAGAAGUGGCGUCACUCUUCACAAUUUGGAUGAUGUUCUCGAGGGUGGUGAUGGCCUGGAAACGGUCAUGGAAAGCGUUCGCACUUGGAUGGCUGACCGUGAGGUCGAAGCUAUGGUGGCUGAGGACCUGGCCAAAGAAGAAGAGAAAAAGAAGCAACUGAAGAAAUAA